AUGUUCAAGAAACCGCCGAAGACUUUAAAGACAUCAGCACCACUUCGGGGUUCAGACAGACGAAAGCUGAGGCAACGCAUCGUGGAAAUAUACACUCUCAGUCCAGAUGAAGGCAACGAACUAGUUCCCGAUGGUCUCCUCUCGCAGAAGUUUACCACUCAUUCCGGAGAACCCGGUAUGAUAUAUCUGGAACCGAAUGGGGACCCAUUAUGGUUCUCGAUUGGUAAAGACUCAGAUGAAAUGAUUCCGACAGUUUACACACUAUGGAAACAUCCUCUUCUCAUUCCAUGGAUGACGACCCCUGGGAUCGUAUUCGAAGCCUUGGCUCGUGGCGCAGAUAUGAUGUGUCCAGGAGUCGCCGGCAUCGUCAAACCCGAAAAACUCCCCGCCAAUUCCCUCGUUUGCAUCAGAGAACAUAUCGUUUCACGACAAGCCGUCGGUCCUGCGUUCGUUGUCGCUCGUAUGGCCGUCGACGGCCGUCGCAUUAUCACAGAAGAUAUAAAGACAGGAAAAGCUGCUGUGGUUCUGCAUAUGGUAGGAGACAAGCUGUGGGAAAUGGGUAGUCGACCGGCGAAACUUCCCGAACCUCUUGACAUGAACUUUUUGUCGCCGAAGCCGGCGGACAGUGGUGACAGAUUUGGCGGUGGGGCUGGGGCUGGGGCGUCAAGGAUAGAGGAGGUUGGAGGAGAGGAGUCUGCGCCUGUGGCUGUUCAGGAUGAAAAUGGAGCUGCGACAGAGCCGCCACAGUCGGAAGAUGAAGGAGAUGGAGAGCAUGGUCCUCCACAGUCGGCGAAGGUUGACGCUGAACCCAGCGUGACGUCUGCAACAGCCGAACCCGACAUCAAGCUCACACCAGACGAGGUGACCACACUACUACGAUCUUCACUCCUGCAAGCAAUCCAAACAACACUCUCCUCCGUCCCCCAAUCGUCUUUUCCCAUCUCUUCCUCCAUCUUCUACACGAACUAUAUUCUUCCUGCUCGUCCACUUUACGUCCGCCCACCGCCACCAUCCGCAUUGUCCUCAACCAACUCACCAUCGCCGCCACCCACUCACACCCCAGUCGACAUCAAACACUCCACCCACAAAUCCCUCUCCGCCUUCCUCCGAACGUCACAAUCCCAAGGUAUUAUCAAACUAAAAGACAAUCGUCCAGACGCUUCCAUCGUAGCCGUCUUCCCAAAACACCCUGAUGUAGAGCAUCAUAGGAAGUAUCGGACAGUUGGUGACGAGGAGAGGAGGGAGAGGAGAGAGAGGGAGAAGGAAGAAGGUGAGAGGGAAGGGAAAGAGAGUGGUAAGAAAGAGAUGGAGAUUGAGGAGCUGUGGAAGCCGCAUCAAACGUCGGUCAAAUUGUUCGAGGACAUGAAAGUUAGCGCAUCCGACCUCUACACCCUCCCUACCAUUAAGUCUCACCUCAAUACCUAUCUCACCUCCCAAAACCUCGUCAACCUCGCCGACCAAUCCUACAUCAACAUACGCGCUUCGGAUGUCCUCAAUUCUACACUAUCGACCAAGGGAACGAGUCCACCAGAGUUCAUGAAAAGGGAGGAAUUGAUCAAGGCGAUUUGUGGUAAGAUGCAGAAUUGGUACAGGAUCGGGUCGGGUGAAGAGGCUGUGGUAAAGAAGGGCGAAUUGAAGCCGAUCUCCGUGAUCGUAAAAAUCAGGGCAGGGAGGAAAGCGUGUACGCUCAUAACCGGGCACGAACAAUUCGGCCUGAAGAGCGAACAUAUCGCAGAGGCCUUGAAGGCGAAAUGUGCCUCUUCUACUACUGUUUCGUCACUUCCCGGGAAAAUAAGCGGCGAAGAAGUCAUGGUUCAAGGGAAACAGCUGAUUGCGGUGAAGGAAUAUUUGACGACUGUGCAGGGCGUGCCGAAGAGGUGGUUGGAGUUGACGGACGCGACGGUCAAGAAGAAGAAAUGA